AACUUAACAAUAUAGAAUUCGCCCCAGUUCAUAUCCUUUCCCUGUCAAUUGGUUUGCUUUGCUCUCUUUCUCCACGAGGAGAAGAGAGAAACUGAAAGCAGCUUCGAGCUAGCAAAGAGAUGGCUCAUGCUUUUGGUCCUUGGAGCCUCUUCCUUCAUCUCCUCAUCAUCAAUCUGUGCACUCAUGGAAUUGGAGCAAGGGAGAUGGUCGAAGAACACUGGAAAGAACUGACAAAUCCCCAGGAAAAGAUCAUUCAGAAAUUUCUCAUACAAGAAGAUCAGAAGAAUGUUUUACAGCUUCCCAUGGAGGACCAUCAUGUUCAUCAUCCAUCCCACAAGAAUCACAUGGACCCUUCAUUACUUGUGUUCUUCACAUUGGACGAACUUAAGGAGGGGCAGGGCAUGCCCAUCUACUUUCCCAAAAGAGACCCUUCUUCUUCUCCUCACUUCUCGCUCAGAGAAGGAGCAGAGUCCAUACCCUUUUCACUGUCACAGCUCCCAAAGCUUCUCCAAUUCUUCUCAUUCUCUCCAAGCUCUCCUCAAGCCAGAGCCAUGGAGGACACUCUCAGAGAAUGUGAGACCAAGCCCAUCAAUGGUGAAACCAAAAUUUGUGCCACUUCCUUAGAAUCCAUGCUUGAUUUUACCAAAACGAUCCUUGGGAAAGAGACUCAAUCGGAAGCUCUAAGCACCACUCACCUCACAAAGUCAAGUACCCUUUUGCAAAACUAUACUAUCUUGAAAGUGAGCAGAGAGGUUCCAGCUCCCAAGAUUGUUGCUUGUCACACCAUGCCUUACCCUUACGCUGUUUUCUACUGCCACAGCCAUGGGAGUAAGAGCAUGGUGUUCAAGGUUUUGGUGCAGGGUGAAAAUGGUGACAGAGUGGAUGCUGUGGUAGUCUGCCACUUGGAUACGUCUCAGUGGGGCCGCGGUCAUGUGUCGUUUCGGGUGCUCAGGAUCGAACCGGGGACCUCCCCUGUCUGCCAUUUCUUCCCGGCGGAUAAUCUAGUGUGGGUUCCUACCUUGCUGUAAUUGGUAAUAUAUAUGCUCUGUGCUGUGAUGAUUGGAGUUUUGAUAAGUUUUGAUAUGCAGAAUAAACAGGAUUGUGGAAUGUGAAUCUUGUUUUCUAUAUAUAGUUUCAAGUGUGUAUCCUGUGCAGGUGAAAUGAACUGUAUUUUGUGAAAUUUGACGGAACCCAGCACAAGUUUAUAAUUCAAGACAACUAAUAACAUGAAAAGCCCAGUAGAUUAGUCGAACAGCGAAGGUACUCAGAUACCAUCGAAGGGGAAAACGGCAUAGGCAUCGCUAAAGAUGAGACAAUUGGUGAUUGCUAAGGAGCAAAUCAUAGCCAUCUAAAGAGAAAGAUUUCAAAGCUAAGAAUUCCUUUAUGGUUACUUGCAAUGCGUGGUAUAAAUAUAUUAAUGCAGUAAGCUUUCAGCUAGUAUCAACGUAUCAUCACUUCUUGUAUUGUAUCUACUUUGAGUGAGUUGCUUGUUGAAAUAUGACCCACAUGAAAUGAAAGGGUAAUGGACAUUUUGGAUAAAA